GUCUUCGUCUGCCACGAGGUUGAACCGGUGCAAGCUUGCGUCUUGUGAGAAAAAGGGGUAGUCGUUGCGGCACUAGCAGGAAAGAAUGGCGAUGGGCGGUAGCAACCCAGAGGACUUGGCUGUGGGGUGCCUGCUAUCGAUCAAGACUACCUUAGGCGACGAAUUCGAAGCACAGGUUAUCACAUUUGAUCGCUCUUCUAACAUCCUCGUACUUCAGGAAGGUUCCAAACCUGGACCUCAUCGAAAUAUUCGCUUAUUGAAGGCUAAUUAUAUCAAAGAUUUCACGUUUUUGGGUCAAGCAGGGGACCCACUUGAUCCAAAGAACUGCUUACUUGACCUUAGUGCUCUCCAAGCUAGGGAAGAAGUAGCAAUCAGGCAAGCAGAGGCUGAGGCUGAGAGGAUUGGUGUAGGUGUUACCAGUGAGGCACAGAGUAUUUUUGAUGCUUUGUCUAAAACGCUUCCGGUUCGCUGGGACAAGACUGUCAUAGUUGUGAUGAAUGAGGUGUGCGUUAGCAGCCCUUAUCUCCCGGAAUCUGUAAGUGGAGGGACUCCAGCUGCAAGAGAGCGGGUGAAGAAAGUGCUCGAGCUGGAGAGGAAAAGAUUGCAACUACGCAGUACCAGCGGUCAGUGACAGCGAGGUUCCACAUUUGCAUGUCAUUGCAAUAUGAAGUAAAAUCCAAGGAGUAAACAUGUUGAAUAUCUUGCUAUUAGCAAAGCCAUAACACAUCAGGAGGAUUUUGCAGUGCAUGUUGGGGAUUACAGAUGAAGAAUCCUUGGGCUCUCGAGUUUUGUGUUGCUUUGGGACUUCAGUUUGAGGUAGUGCCUCUAGUUUCCUCAUUACAAUGAAUGCUAAACAGGAAUCUACUAUCUCUUAGAACCCCAAGUAGGUAGUGGGUUUAAGUUGCAGGUUUAUCAUUGUGAAGAAUAAUUUGACAUGAGCCCCAAAAUGAGUUAAGAUCUUUUAUAUAAAACAGCAAAUAGUUUGGAUAUAUUCAGCCAACCAUACUCUUCUUCCGAGGACUUGUCAAGUUACUGUUUAUCAACAAUUCCAUGAUAUAUUAAUUUCUAAACUUUGUUGA